GCGCAGGCUGCCCGCGCUGCAAGCGGUGGAGCUGUCAGCGGGAGGAUCAGCUGAGCGGAGCCUGGCGGAGAGGAGCAGAAAGCACCGUCCUCGCCGCCUCCGGGAGCCGGAGCUGUGCAGCCUGAUCGUCCGAGUCCACCCAGCGCCGCGAUGCUGCUGCCCUCCCUGCGGCGGGUUCGGGGCAGGGGCCGGAGGCGACCGCCCGAGGGUCCCCGCUGCGCGCGCUCGCCGCCCUGGAGCCCUGCCUGGAUUUGCUGCUGGGCGCUCGCCGCCUGCCAGGCAGCCUGGGCUGGGGACUCGCCCUCCUCGGGCCGCCCGCUUCCUGCGUGCCAGGAGAAAGAUUACCACUUUGAAUACACAGAAUGUGAUAGCACUGGUUCCAGGUGGAGGGUCGCCAUUCCGAAUUCUGCAGUGGAUUGCUCUGGCCUGCCUGACCCAGUGAGAGGCAAAGAAUGCACUUUCUCCUGUGCCUCUGGAGAGUAUCUAGAAAUGAAGAACCAGGUAUGCAGUAAGUGUGUCGAAGGCACCUACUCCUUGGGCAGUGGCAUCAAAUUUGAUGAAUGGGAUGAGUUGCCAGCGGGAUUUUCCAACGUUGCCACAUUCAUGGACACUGUGGUGGGCCCUUCUGACAGCAGGCCAGGUGGCUGUAACAACUCUUCUUGGCUUCCUCGUGGGAACUAUAUAGAGUCUAACCGGGAUGACUGCACUGUCUCACUGAUCUACGCCGUGCACCUGAAGAAGUCAGGCUAUGUCUUCUUUGAGUACCAGUAUGUGGACAACAACAUCUUCUUUGAGUUCUUUAUUCAGAAUGACCAGUGCCAGGAGAUGGAUGCCACCACAGACAAGUGGGUGAAACUCACAGACAAUGGAGAAUGGGGCUCCCAUUCUGUGAUGCUGAAAUCAGGCACAAACAUUCUGUACUGGAGGACGACAGGCAUCCUUAUGGGCUCUAAGGCAGUCAAGCCCGUGCUAGUAAAAAACAUCACCAUCGAAGGGGUGGCAUACACUUCAGAGUGCUUCCCGUGCAAGCCAGGCACUUUCAGCAACAAACCAGGCUCAUUUAACUGCCAGCUGUGCCCCAGAAACACCUAUUCUGAGAAGGGUGCUAGAGAAUGCAUAAGGUGUAAGGAGGACUCCCAAUUUUCAGAAGAAGGAGCCAGUGAGUGUGUGGAUCGCCCACCCUGCACUACCAAGGACUAUUUCCAGAUCCAUACCCCAUGUGAUGAAGAAGGAAAGACACAGAUAAUGUAUAAGUGGAUCGAGCCGAAAAUCUGCAGGGAGGAUCUCACGGAUGCUAUCAGACUGCCCCCUUCUGGAGAGAAGAAGGAUUGUCCUCCUUGCAACCCAGGAUUUUAUAACAAUGGCUCUUCUUCUUGCCAUCCCUGCCCUUCUGGGACAUUUUCAGAUGGAACAAAGGAGUGCAAGCCAUGUCCAGCAGGAACAGAGCCAGCGCUUGGGUUUGAGUACAAAUGGUGGAAUGUCCUCCCUGCCAACAUGAAAACUUCCUGCUUCAACGUUGGGAAUUCCAAGUGUGAUGGAAUGAACGGUUGGGAGGUGGCUGGAGAUCACAUCCAGAGCGGAGCUGGGGGCUCUGACAAUGACUACCUCAUCUUAACCUUGCACAUCCCAGGAUUUAAACCACCAACAUCUAUGACUGGAGCCACAGGUUCUGAGCUAGGAAGAGUAACGUUUGUCUUUGAGACCCUCUGCUCAGCUGACUGUGUUCUGUACUUCAUGGUGGAUAUAAAUAGAAAAAGCACCAAUGUGGUGGAAUCAUGGGGAGGAACCAAAGAAAAGCAAGCGUAUACCCACAUCAUCUUCAAGAACGCAACAUUUACAUUCACUUGGGCAUUCCAGAGAACUAACCAAGGUCAAGACAACAGACGUUUCAUCAAUGAUGUGGUGAAGAUUUAUUCUAUCACAGCCACCAAUGCAGUCGAUGGGGUGGCCUCGUCAUGCCGUGCCUGUGCCCUGGGUUCUGAGCAGUCGGGCUCAUCGUGUGUGCCCUGCCCCCCAGGCCACUACAUCGAGAAGGAAACCAACCAGUGCAAGGAGUGUUCAGCUGACACCUACUUGUCCAUCCAUCAGGUCUACGGCAAGGAGGCUUGCAUUCCCUGUGGGCCUGGGAGUAAAAGCACCCAGGAUCACUCCACUUGCUACAGUGACUGCUUUUUCUCCUAUGAGAAGGAAAAUCGGAGUUUGCACUAUGACUUCCGCAACCUCAGUAGUGUGGGUUCACUAAUGAAUGGCCCCAGCUUUACCUCCAAGGGAACGAAAUACUUCCAUUUCUUCAAUAUCAGUUUAUGUGGGCAUGAGGGGAGAAAGAUGGCUCUCUGUACCAACAACAUCUCAGACUUUACCGUGAAGGAAGUGGUGAUGGGGUCAGAUGACUACACUAAUUUGGUUGGGGCAUUUGUAUGCCAGUCCACUAUCAUUCCUUCUGAGAGCAAGGGCUUCCGGGCAGCGCUGUCAUCCCAGUCUAUUAUUCUGGCAGACACGUUUUUAGGAGUCACGGUUGAAGCUGCCUUGCAAAACGUUAAUAUCAAGGAAGACAUGUUCUCAGUGCCACCGAGUCACAUUCCAGAUGUGCAUUUCUUUUAUAAGUCUUCCACAGCCACCACCUCUUGUAUUAAUGGCCGAUCGACCGCUGUGAAAAUGAGGUGUAAUCCCAUGAGACCUGGUGCAGGUGUGAUUUCAGUCCCCAGCAAAUGUCCAGCUGGCACCUGUGAUGGCUGUGCAUUCUACUUCCUGUGGGAGAGUGCAGAGGCUUGCCCUCUGUGCACAGAGCAUGACUUCCAUGAAAUCGAGGGAGCCUGCAAAAGAGGAUUUCAGGAAACAUUAUAUGUAUGGAACGAGCCUAAGUGGUGUAUUAAAGGGAUUGCUUUACCUGAGAAAAAGCUGUCAGCCUGUGAAACAGUUGACUUCUGGCUGAAAAUGGGAGCUGGCGCGGGGGCGUUCACAGCUGUUUUGUUGGUGGCUUUAACAUGCUACUUUUGGAAAAAGAAUCAAAAGCUGGAAUACAAAUAUUCUAAAUUAGUAAUGACGACUAACUCAAAGGAGUGUGAACUCCCAGCGGCAGACAGUUGUGCUAUCAUGGAAGGAGAAGAUAACGAAGAGGAUGUUGUGUAUUCCAACAAACAAUCACUGCUAGGAAAACUUAAAUCUUUGGCCACGAAGGAAAAAGAUGACCACUUCGAAUCUGUUCAGCUGAAGUCCUCAAGAUGCCCCAAUAUAUGAAGAGACAGUGCUUCUGCUUUCAGACUGAUGAGUAAGGACACCUAAUCUUUCAGGACCCGUCUUAGGACUUGUCCUGACAACUAUCAUGUCUGUGAUGUCACAGAAGGGCUGUGCCACAGAGAGGAGGAGGCAGACAUGUUGAUUGCCUUAUAAACCGUCACAUACUUUGUCAAACUACAGAAGACAUGUUUUGGGUCUCACUGAAGAUGAAGCUUAACUCAGGAAGAGAUUUAGCUGUAUAUACACGUAACUGAAAUCCAAGUUUAAGCCCACCAAUGUACUGCUGAUGCAUGCCAUAUAAUUACUGGGUAACUUUAAUUCUUUAUAAUGUCUACAUAAAAAAAUAUGUGUUGGAAGGCAGACAUAAGCAUAUGUCUUGUGUUCCCAUGUAUGUCUUGGUCUUGUAAUUUGGGAAAGAUUUGAAAAAAAAACUUUUAUGUUAUAAUUAUUUUCCCUUUAUUUCUCCAAGACUUGAAAACAUCUUUUCUAUUAAAAUGAUGAACUAUGAAAGACAAUAAAUUUUCAUAAGAUAUUUUCUCUUGACUUCAAAAAUCUAGGAUAUCAGUAAUAUUUUGUGAAGAAUUUUACCUGGGUUAUCAAAGCUGAUUGUCAUUUUCAGAAUUCCACUUUGGAUGAACUAAUAUGAAGAAUUUAACUAAUUGCAUGAAGGAAUCUUAAGGGAGAGGUAAUAAAAAAUCCAAAGAGAAACCUCAACAUGUCAUUAAUUCAAGCAGUCUGGCAUGAUCAGGAGUUAGAGGGCUGAAAGCAGUUUGAGUGUUGCUGAGUAAUAAAGCAGUGGAAUACCUUGUUUAUCAGAGCCUGCACAGACAGAAGGAAGAGGAGGAUGGCGUGUCUCCAGGACAGAUAAUUGUGCUUGAUUGGGUAGCUCAAAGUGUCCACAGAUGUCAAGGGGCUUCUUCUUCACAGAAGGCGGACCCCAGAACUUUGGUGUUUUUUUUUUUUUUAUUUUUCCUUUGCUACAAGACUUUGAAAAGUAUGAAUUACUUGGAAGAUUUUAUUUUUAAGCCAAUAAGGAAGAAAUUCAAUAUUCUAAAACUGCAUAUCUUUGUAUUCGUAGUAAGAAUCUUCUUAGCAGUUAUGAAGUGCGUAUUGUUCCUGUUCAAAAGCAACCUAGAAAGUCGUGGUAUUCCUUAUGAUGGAUUAUGAGUAUUAGUGUGACUUGGAUAUUAUUUUUGGAAGAAAGUUGAAGGUGAAUUUGAUCAAUUUUGUGUAAACUUUUAGCACUGGGAAAGAGGAGGGUAUCUUACCCAUUGCUGGUCUAAGAUGUUCUACUUUAUUUCCAGUAAGCCAUACUCUUUACAGAUUUUCAUCCAAAAAUUUAAAAAGAUUUUCAAUUGGAUGAAGGAGGCAAAGCCCAUGGGUAAGGUUUUAACUAUGUUUUUGCCCGAGGUGUUUCAGUGACUUGUAAUGUUUGAUUCCAUGGGUAAUGUAGUCUUAUUUUUGUGAUAAACGAGACAAAAUGAAUAAAUGAAUAAUUGUGCAUAUUGGUCAGUGGGUAAAACACUAGACCUUUUUGCCAUCACUAAAAGAAUGGUGCGUGUGUGUUAUGUGUGUGUACUAUUAAAUAUAGAAGUAGAUGAUGUUGUAUUGUUUGUCUACUAUUGAGGAGAAUGUUAUUUAGCAUAUUUCUUGUGUUUAAUUUCUUGGAUAUUCUUCUGGAUAAGAAAUUAUUUGACUCUGCUCAUUUUUGUCCCACUAUCGGAAUAUUGACAUUUUUUCCCUCUCAUAAUCGAAAUUUAAUCCUAAGAGUGGAAAUACACUUGAAAUGUCUUUCAAAGGAAACCGGAGAAAAUGUACAAACUGGAUGGAGUCAGAGCACUCCGUCACCGUCACCCGCCCCAUCUUCCGCUGUGCCAACAUGCGUGUUUCAAGCCAUAGGGAUAAUAACAUGCAUGUUCCAAGCCAUGGAGAUAAUUGGGAUUUGCUCCCAGGUAGUUCUUUCUUUGCUUGUCACUGGACUAAAAUCACUGACAUGUCGAAAAUGCCUUAAAUUUUAAUGAACUCUCUGAAAGUGCAGUUGCUAUAGAAGAAGUUAUUUAUUUUAUUUCUAUCUUUAGAUAUUAAACAGAUUUUUGUCAGCUCAGUUCCACUUUUGGAUUCUCCUGGCUUGUCAUAUUAUUCUAAGAACUGAAGAACGAUGACAGAGAGAAUAUUAUUGGGGGGAUAUAUA